AUGCGCGACCAAGGCGCCGAUGUUUUGGGCGUGGCCUUUGUCGAAAAUGUGCGUGCCGACAGUCGUGGUCGUGGCACGACCGGUCCUAAUCUGGCUCAGAUUUGGGUCUUGUCCGCUCGCGUCUUCAACCUUGACUGCAUCGCAACUCCCGAGAAGACAACAGCCGGCGAGGCCACACCUGGAAGUAUGCGGUCGUGGCCAAUCUUCGCGGCACUGCUCGCAAAUGUGGCGAUCUCGACGUGGUUUGUGCAGGUGAACGCAGCGGCGUGCGCUGAUAUCUGCUACUCGACAGUGCUGACGGGAUUCGGGCCCGGUGGAACACCCGGCUGCACCUGUAGUGGCUCGCAACAGGGAGCGCGCACAGGAGCAGGAGGCUGCAACUGCGGUCAAUGCUACGAGAAGACACAAGGCGUCGUCUACGGCUUCGCCAUUAACAAUAGCGGCACGUGCACGUACGGCACAGACUGUGGAACCUGCGACUACUCGACCGGAUCGGCGACUAGCACUAGCGGAUCGGCGAACGCUACUCCUAGACCUGCGACUGUCACGCCGUCGCCCGCGCCGGCCACUGCGCCUUCCCCCAGUACAGUUACAACAGCUCCCGUGCCAACCACCUCUGCGCCAUCCCCCACUGCAGGCUCGUCAUCAACUUCAUCAUCCACAACGGGCUCAAACAGCACCUCCACAUCUACCGAUAACAGCAACUCUACCUCAAAAGACGGCGUGGGAGAUGCAACAGGCAGUCACGCGGACAGCGAAGAAAAAGAAAGGUUCCUGAGUACAUGGCAGAUUGUGCUGGCAAUUUGCUGCUGUGUGCUGAUCUUCGUGGUCGCUGUUGUGUCGGUUUGCGCGUGCUACUGUAAAGCACGCAGUCGUCUGUACGAACACGAGGACGAUCAGGCCAGCUAUUAUCAUCAGCCGCAAACCUUUCAGCCCUGGAGUGCGAACAACGCGGUGCCCAUUGCUACUAAAACUAAUUCUAUCGUUGUAUAA